CUGGUAAUCGUCAAUUGUAUCAGCCAGUGCAUGCAAGAAAGUCCGCGCCGGCCACUAUAUGGAGCGAUUCUGAAAUCUGAACGUGCGUAAGAAGGGUGUGUUCUGUGCAAAACUGACAGUCCAACGUGAAAAGUGUGAAUUUUGCCUAGUUUCAUCCGUUUUGAAUACUUUGGGUUGAAGUCCUCAGUCUUGGGCAGGCGAUCAGUUGUCAGAUGUAAUGCAUGCUGAUAUUACCAUAACUUGAAAUACUUCGGAAAAUUUAGAAUGUCUGUAGAAACAACCAAAAUCCCAAAUCAUCAACCAUCUAAACGAAGCCGUGCCCCACCACCACCUACAAAGAAGCCAUCCUUUGAGGAAAACAAGAAUGGUUCUUUGUCUGAACUGGAGAAAGACGCCUUAACGAAAAAUGGGAGCACUGAGGAGACAGCAGGAACAUCAUCAGGAGAUGAGAGGCAGCUGACAGUGGUGCUUCCAGAAGAUAAAAUAGUCAAAGCAUCAGUGAAGAGAGAUACUCCGAUCUUGGAACUUCUCAUCAUGAUCGCAUCCAAGAAUAAACUCAACCCAACCAAUUACACCAUUGCCCAACCAGGUGUGAGACUCAAGGAUCCUCUUGUACAGCUCAAACCAACCCAGAAGUUGUCUGAUGUAGUUGGUGACACUAUACACAUAAUCCGUAAAAAUCAGAAACAGGUCUUUGUGUACAAGAAGGAGGAAAAGAAGUCUGCUGUCAUUGAGCCCACAAUCAGGAUUACAGUCAUUUCAAGUAAAAACCACAAAAUGUGUCUCCGUGUCGAUCCUACAAAGACUCUACAAGAAUUGAUGCCUACGAUAUGUGAUGAGAGGGGUGUGGAACUGAGUAACCAUACUCUCAGACUCACUACUCAACCUCAAGAUCCCCUAGAAAUGAGUCAAACUCUGGAGAAAUCAGGAGCCAUUGAAUUUCUAUUGGUGGAUUUAAAUGGCCAGCCUGCAGGUGUUGAAGGAGGGGAGGCAGAUUUAAUGCCAGAGCAGAAAAAGAAAAAAGGAAGUUUCUUUGGAAAAUUGUCCAAGAAAAAGAAAGGGUAUGAAUUAGGUGCAGGUGGCAUUCCAGAAUCUCAACCCACAAAUGUUAUGCCCCCGGUGGAAAAAGAAAAGCGCUCGCAUCGCCACACAUCACCUUCUUCCCUCCCACCAUCAGAAGGCCUUACCCAGACUACUGGACAAGAAGAUGAAGGGAGUAAUACAUUGAAGAAACGUCGACCAGCCCCACCCCCGCCUCCAGGGAAACACGUCACCACCAGUACCAGUGCAUCAGAUGAUGAAAAACUCGAUGAAGAUUCAUCAUUGGCCAGUAACAAUACUUUGAGAAAGAGACGAGCCCCUGCCCCACCCAGACCCACUUCUCCACCGAGGAGGUCGGUAUCUCUUGGAGAAACUUCACCUCAUCAGAUUCCAGUUAAUCUUCCUCCUCCUCGUCCAGUAUCUCCUCCAAUUAGAGCCAGUGACGCAAAAGAGAUGAAACAGAUCAGUAAUUCUCAGGAGACAUCCACAUCUGUAAAAGGAGACAAGCCUUCAAGGCCUCCCAAACCACCACGCCCUGUCUCCUUAAUCCGAGGCACAAGCCUUGAGAGUCCAUCCCCAACCACUGAACCACAAGAGCCAGUGUUUGUUCCUCCACCGCCCCCAGACAUGCCCCCUUCCCCCAGCAACCCACAAGAAGAUGUGACUAAGUUAAUAGAGGAAGGGCGACUUAACCAGUCUUUUGAUGAAAACUUGAUGGAUGAGGAAUAUAGGGAAGAAUCACCUAGAGUGCAUAGUGAGUCUAUAAGCAGUAGCUUGACUGAGACUGGAAUAGAUGAAGCAUUUGAGGCUGCUAUUGCUAUGGGAGAGGCAGAAAUUGAGGCUAAAAAAGAGGAGGUAGCAGAAGAUUCACCGCAUCAACAUGAAACAGAUCUGGAGGUGAAUGUAGCUGGAUUGAUCUUAGAAACAAAGGCUGAGGGAACGGAGGAGGGGAUGGACCAAGAAUCGGCUCAGGAGGAGGGGGCAAAAUCGCAAGAGAUGAAAGAGACUGAUGAGGUGUCAUCUGGGGAGAUUGAACAGACAGUAGCUCUCCCAGCUCCUAAUUCUUCUCAUGCAAAUUGUAACAAUGAACAUGGUGACGGGGCUUUAAUAACACACAUUAAUGAGACAAUUCCAGCCACUCACCUAAAAAAAUUGAGGCAGAAAGGACCAGUGAAAGUUUAUGCUGUCUAUGAUGAAACUACAUCGACAACAAAGGCUGGACAUUCCAUACUGGUGGAGAAUGGUGAUGUGACACGUUCGAGAUCCAAAUCAGACACUUCGGCUCUUGAAGUACCAACCAGAGUGAGAUCUGAGCGGUCUUUAUCUGUUCUGGAAAAAGCCAAACCUCUUGAAGGUAUGAAGCUGAGUUUUAUGCCGGAGAGUAUUGACAUCGUGGAAACGCCCUCUGUAGCCAUGGCAACUGUACAUGUGUGUACCAGCAGUGAGAUUACUUCAUGUCCAUCUACCAGGGUGAAUACUUCUAACCAAAGCAUGGCUAUCAGCCAAUCACAUGAAACAUCUGAUAACGAUGUCUCUUUUGCUGAGGAUCUACUCAGGGAAAGGAAAGUCAACUCAACAGCUGAUAAUCAUUCCAUCUUUAUUCCUGGUUUCACAGCAAAGGACAGUAAAGCCAAGAUGGAGUUGCUCUCUCAUAUGAUGAAGAUGAGUCUUGAUGCAGACACACAGGAUACUGAUGAUUACCCUCCUCAUACACAGGCAGAUGAUACCCAUGAUAUGUUUGAAGAAAAAUCUGUCCAUGCUCUGGCAUUUGAAGUUACCAGAGAAUCAGCAGAAGAUUCUGAGGGAAAUGCAGGAGAGUCUAUUGAAGAUCAAGAUGAAAAAGUAGAAGAGAAAGAAAGAAAAGAUGCAACUAAGAUGGAAGAAAGCUACAAUAAAGUUGAGGAUGAGAAUACAGACGAAACAGAGGAAGAGUCUGUACAAGAGGUAGUGAAAGAGAAAGAAGAGAUGAAGGCAGAUGAAAGGCCAAAGAAAGAUGAAAAAGGGAAACUGACUUCAUCGGAAGCACCAGCAGAUACAACAGUACAGAAAUUAAAUGAACAAUAUUCAGCACUACAAGAACAACUAGCUGCAUUACAAAAGCAGAUGGUUAUACCUCAACAACCAGGAAUCAUGGAAAUACAAAUGCAACAGUUGCAGCAACAGAUUUUAUUGCAGCAGCAAAUCAUUAGUCAGAUGAUGAUGUCAUCUAACCAACAGCCAAUGGUAAUGCCUCUUGCAUUCCAACAACCAGGGAUAUCACCACAGCAACAGAUGAUGCUGUCUCCACAGCAAAUGAUGUCACCCCCACAGCAGAUGAUGAUAUCCCCACAGCAGCAAAUAAUGUCUCAACAGAUGCUGUCGCCACAGCAACAGAUAAUGAUGUCACCUCAGCAACUGAUGAUGACUCCACCAAUGUUUUCAGCGGUUCAUUCCGUCCCUCACAACACUGCUCAGCCAAACGUGUACACCCAACAAGUGAUGCCUACUGCUACAGUUCAGGCUCAAUCUACUCCUAUUUCAUCUACUCACGAGUUGAAUGAAUCAACUGUGUCUACUACUCAAGAUGUUGCCUUGCAAAUUAAUGAUGAUGACUCUCUGUCUAAGAAUGAUGAGUCCCCAUCGAAAUCUGAUCUUGUUUCAAUUAAAGAUGACUCACCUUCUUCAGAUGAUGUGAUUACAAGUGAACACACUUCUGAUAUUAAAGAUGACCAUGAACCACAGCCUCUUUCCCCUCCAAUGAAAGCAGAUGAAGUCUCUGUUUGUCAUCCAACCUACCAUUUUGCUAGAUCCCGAGAUGUUCCUAAGAAUGAAAUCACAGGCGUCAAGGCAUCCCCACCAAGCACUCUCCGCAGCCCUCAACAUCAACAAAGACCACCUCUCUUCAAAUCCCCUGAAUCAAAUGAAAAGAAAGAAGUGACUGAAACAGAAACAAAGGAAUCACCUGCUGCAGGCAACAAAGAACCUACUGGUACUUUGGGCAGAAGACUCACAGUUGAUGAUCACAAUAUACCACCAGAGGAGAGGCACAUGGGAGACAAAGCUGAUGUGUCAGAAACAGAGGACAAACAUGUCGAAGACAAAGCUGAUGUGUCAGAAACAGAGGACAAACACAUGUCAGGAGAAAAGUCCUCUAUCAGUGCAUUUGCAGUUGCUAAUUCAGAAGCUUCUAAACCAGCAUCUUCCAGUGUUCCCAAGUCACCCAAACAGAAGAAAUCUGGUUUUAGUUUAUUCAAAAAGAAGACACCAAAGUAUUCUUACAUCCUAUCUGCACAGAAGGAAUUCUCAAGGAAGUCUGAGACAGAACGUCAACGUACAAGCUCCAAUCCUCCUGAACCUACAAACAAAUCAGAAAGUGAUCAAGGGAGCAGAGAAAUUCCAGUGCCCCCAGUAAGAAAAGUGCAUACCAAAUCUAAUGAUGCCUGUAAGACAGAAACCAUACAUGUAGAUGUUGAGAUACAACCAGACAGGGGAACUUCAGAGAGUGCUCUUUAUCCAAGAAGAAGAGCUGAGAUCCACAAUUACAGAUCCAAGGAAGAAGAACAAGCAAAGGUCAAAGGGGAUGCCAGUGUGUCACAGCUUAGACAGAUCUUUGGCCAAGGUAAUCCAUGACAUGUAGGAGGUCGUCACCAUGGAUACAACGUAGCAACCUAGGAUUCUAAACCCCAGCCAUUGUAUUUUCUUUGGCAACAAAUCUAAUUUGUUUGAGAGAUCUAUUUGAUAUUGUGUGACUUGCUAUUUACAUAUAGGAAGCCUUUGACAUAUUGUAUAACAUUCAGUACUGCUUUGAACUAGAGUUCAGAUUCAGUCUUUAAACUGACACUGCACUGUUACAGACCCAAAGUUUAGUCAAAUGUAAUCCCAGAAAUUCAGCCAUAUAUUACUGUGUACAUAUUUGACGUAAAACAUCAGGUGUAAUCGAAAGCUUAUAAACUUUUUUAUAUAUAUACUUAAAAAAGAAAAUAGGCGGAAAGUUGCCUGACCUGAUUAUAGGUGAGUGUAUAUACAUUACAAGCAGAGGAGGUGGUGAAGGGAUAUACAUCAGAAUGUUAUUGAACAUCUAUGCAGAUGUACGUGUAGUACCACUGAACCCAUAGUCCUGAAAUUAUUUUCAGUGUUUGUUCUAUGUUUUGACAGUUUAUAUGGAAAUGCCACCUUACUGAAGACCAUUUUUGUCUGACAUUUACAUUUUCAAAAUACAGUUUUGCAAAUCUGUAUUGACAAGUUUCUUUUGAAAUACCACUGAGAUGAAGUUGAAACCUUUUGCCUCCUUGGUAAAAUUGCAUGAAAUUAGCCAAGAGCAGAUUGCACCUUAGCUAAGUAUUCAGACGUGUUUUCUCUACCACUGCCUUCACACAUUAACUGGCAUGACAUAAGGUUGAAAAUUUCUUUACUGAUUGUGACAUUUUAAUUGCU